GAACUUACAAUUUAAAUACAAUAAACGUUUAAAUUACAUAUUCAUUUAUUGAGUAAUUGUCACAAAACACCCUCGAUAACAUGUACAUCCCGUAUACCCCGUUAUGCCUUUACGAGGAGGGGAUUUUAUUUUGAAAUACAGUCAUUUACGUCCAGCGGAAGUAACUACGUGGGGUGUGGUCUAGUCGGUGCGGGCCUCACGUGGGCAGUAAUGGCGGCGUCCUGUCAGUAGCGGCUCAUGUAAAUAAUGGACGAUUUCCCUGUGAGCUUGGAUUCCGAUGGCUCUAAUAUGGAGUAAAUAACGAGAUACUCGUUUUGGAGCAAUGGGGACUCCGGCUACUCGGCUGUAUCGCAGCUUGGAAGGGCUGUUUGCGGUUUACAAACCGGCAGGGGUUCACUGGAAGCUGGUCCGGGACACCGUAGAAACCAACCUGCUGAAAGGUAUAAACUGUGCUCCACCUCCGGCGUUGCGGACCCAGGUGAAGUUUCUCCUGCAGAGCGGUGCAGGGAGUGAGGCCCAUAAAGAGGUUACGCUGAGGCCGGUUCGGCUUCCGGUACUGGCAGAUCACCCUCUCGUAACUGGACCGGAGUUCCAGAAGCUGCGGGUUGGAGUGGGACAUCGACUGGAUGUAUUUUCCUCUGGGGUCUUUGUACUGGGAGUGGGGAACGGAAAUGCCAAGUUUAAGGAAAUGUACGAGCGCUACAACACCAGGGAUUACACGUUGGAGGGGGAGUUUGGUAGAGCUACAGAUGACUUCUCACAUGGCGGACGUGUCAUUGAAAGAACAACUUACGAUCACAUAACAUGUGACAAACUGGAGAGAGUUCUCGCUAUGAUCCAGGGAGCCAACCAGAAAGCCUUGCUCUCGUACUCCAAUGUAGACAUGCGCUCCCAGGAGGCCUAUGAGCUGGCAGUGAGGGGGAUGCUGUUCCCUGAGGGGAAGACCCCACCCAUCCUUACUGGCCUGCGUUGCCUGGACUUCCAGCCACCUCGCUUCACCCUGGAGGUCCAGUGCAUGAACGAGACCCAGAGGUACCUGCGCAGACUGCUGCACGAAGUGGGCUUGGAGCUGCGCAGCUCGGCCAUCUGCGUCGGCAUCCGCCGCGUGCGGGAUGGGCCGUUCACCCUGCAGGAGGCACUGACACGCCAGCGAUGGACCCUGCCUGAUGUGGCGCAGGCCGUCUGCCAGGCCCAUUCCAUUAGGAGAAAGAGUGGCAAGGCCUUUUCCCAAGGAGCAGGGUGACUGGGGGCAGCGGGGGGACACUGUCUUUGCUGUGUGCGUUUGCGUGCCGUGCUUGCGGCUUCCUUAAGGUGAUUUUCUCAGGAGACGAUUCCGUGACGUGCUGUGUGUGUCGCAUAUUGUGUAAGGCCACCCCCUUAGCGUCUGCGCUUUUCACUUCUCUGUGGCUUUUUUGAUCCUCGUGUGACUGUAUCUCCCCAUUUUUUUUUCCUUACCAUGAUUGACAGUGAUACUGAGGCUUCAUAAAUUCCACCAUGGUGCUUUUGGUCUGAAUAAACACCCAAAGCCAUAAGCAGUCUGUCUGUCAGCUGGUCCUUCCUCCCUGUCCGUCAGGCUUCCCUGCGCCCGGUGACUGCAGGGCAUGCCCCCAGGAUUACUAUGGAGCUCAGCACCCCCCACCCCCCAGGGUUACUCUGGAGGUCACCCCUCCCAUCAUGAUUACUCUGAAGGUCACACCACCCGCCUCACGGUUACUCUGGAGGAGUCCCUUCCCCCUCACGGUUACUCUGAAGGUCACACCCCCCCCCAGCACAAUCUUACUUUGGAGCUCACUCCCCGCCCCCCCCAAAGGCUUCAAAUUAACCCUAAGGGGGGGGGGGGUGAACCACAGGAACCUUACUAUGUCACCCCUCAGGGUGACUGCAGUGCUCACGGACACCUGCAGCCCAGCGACUACGUGUUAAUUACAGCCAGUUAUUUUUAGGUAGUGUCGCCGUAUUUACAAACUCUUUUAUUUCUGUCAGUCAUCGGCAGCCACAUUUGUUUAGUUUCUGUAGUUACUAGCCUGCUAAUUAAAUGCCCUUUGAUGUCUUCAUGUUUUUUCCUCUGAGCUCUCGGCAGCCCUGCAUGUACAGUCCAAGUCGCUGGGGAGCAAAGUGGAGCUCGGAUACCCUGAAAAGGACACAGGCUCCCCUGAAAGCUUCCCCUGAGACCUUUAGGGGGAGCUCUAAGAAAUUGUCCACUUUCGUCUUAUAGAUUAUACUUUAUUUUCAGUACAUUAAGGUUCCUGAAAUAAAAAAACAGCAAUAGUACAAA